UGAUCAACUAGAUGUAUUUCAAAAGAAGUGAAGAAGCAAAAUUUUUGGAAAACAUAAAUGCAAAAAACAAAAUCUCGAAUGUGUAGAAUUCAUUUUUGGUGGCAAUCGAUAAACAAGAGAGUAAUCACGUUUCUCUAAGAAGUUAAUCGCCAUGAGUUCUACUUCUGAAAUUGGUGCAGCGAUCAUCGAGGCUGGUGCUAAUGGAGACCUUAACCAACUUUGGGAAAAAAGGUUGGUGAUGAGUUGGAAUUCCGGAAGAUAUGCGAUGAAUAUAGCGAUUUCUCCACUGGCCGGAAUGUUUUGCAUCACGCUGCUGAAAUUGGACAUUUAGAGAUUUGCAAAUUCUUGAUAAGGACCGUCAAAGUUUAUAUUGAUGCCUUGACAUACAAGAGUUCUCUCUCUCGCUUCUUCCUGGGAUAUUUAUGCUAUUUUGAAAAAAGGAGUGCUUAAUUUGAUAGUAUGAUUCUUGAAUUGAAAAAAAGGGAUUGUAUACUAACACCAUAAACUGAUUUAGGGGAUACUCCUCUGGCAGAAGCUGUGAGAGGGGGACAUAUCAAAAUUGUGGAGUUUCUAAUCAAACAGGGUGCCAAGGAUAGUCUUCCGAAUACUGAGGGAUUGACUGCGAUGCACUAUGCACUUCUUAAAGAUGAUAGGAAGGUUGUGGACAAAUUGCUGCUGGAAGGAACUUUUAUAGAUAAUGAUUCUGCAGAGGGAUCACCUUUACAAAUUGCUGCUUCUCGUGGAAAUGUUCAGGCUGUCAGGGCUCUCUUGGCUCUUGGCGCAGAUGUGGGCAAGCACAACCUUCAGUUGCACUGUUUGUCGAUGAUAGUCUUGUUUAAAUCAUUGUUUGUUAGAUUAAUCCCUUUGUUGCUUUUUAUUUUGCAGCCAUCUUUUUAUUAUGAAUUUGCAGAUACCCCUCUAGUAUGCGCAGUCAAGUCUCGCUCAUUUGAAUGCCUGCAUUUGCUGCUUAAGGCUGGUGCAGACCCAAAUUUGUAUUUCAGUGGGUUAAAUCCUUUGGGAUUUGCUGCAAAAGAAGAAGACACAAGAUUUCUUAAGCGUUUGCUUAUAGCUAAAGCAGAUCCAAAUUCAUCUGAAACAGAUAUCUAUAAACCGAUUGAGGAAGCUGCUAUGGUGUAUAAUCGUGCAGCUAUGGAGAUUUUGUUUCCAGUGACCGAACGACUUGCACAUUAUCCAAAUUGGACUGUUGAUGGCAUAAUCGAGUACUCUCAUUCUGAAGAAUUUAAAACAAUGAGUGGGGAGAAAUUGAGUAUGCGCUUGACUAAACUAGAGCUCAGAGGGAUGCAGCACGCGAGCAAUAAGGAUUACUACCGUGCAAUCUUAAAAUAUAGAAAGGCUAGUCAUCUUGAUCCAUCGAACCCCAAAUGGAUAUCGAAGCGAAGCUUGUGGGAAGCACAUAUGGGUGUAGGCAAUUAUGCACUGUCAGAUGUUCUGAAAUGGAUCAAACUCAAGCCAGACGUCCCCGGCCCCAUCCCAGUCCCUAACCCCGAAGGAGAAGUUGCUGAAGCUGCAGCUGAUGUGAUAUUCAAGGCCUUACCUUCUCGUUGGAUCCUUACAAGAAGAAAGCAUGCCGCCUAUUUGGAGCUGCUUUGUAUGAUUACUUUGCCUUGUUGUCUCAGAUUAGCAGCCCCCAAGAGAUUUUGGAGUUAUAGAAAUUUCCCCAAUUUUUUUCGAGUAUAUAACAUUGAAUCAUAACUCUAUUGUCACAUCGAGCUGCUGCAUCUUUUUUCUUUCUUCUAGCUCAAUAAAAGCUUUAUUAAAGCA